AUGGAAAAUAAAAUACUUAUCAAACUUUUAGGCGUUCCAUGUGUUGGUUGCACUUCAAUAUGUACUCGAUACACAAUGAACAUAUUCGUUGAAAAUUAUCACCAAUGUGUUAUUGUUGAUUAUUAUCAUAAAACAGUAACUAUAAAGGACAAAAAGUAUGAGUUGGAUAUUGAUGAUUCCACAAGCACAUUAAAUUUUUACGCUUUAACUGAGUUGAUGAUUAAACAUUCAAACAUCAUAGUUUUGGUAUAUUCUAUUGAUUCAAAAUCAUCAUUUAAUGAGAUGUGUACAAUAUUAAAUCUGGUUCACAAAACACUUGGAGUUGACACACUUCGAACUAUUCCAGCUGUCAUCUGUGGUAAUAAGAACGAUCUGGAAAACAAAAGAGAAGUGAGUUAUAUUGAAGGACAAAAACUUGCUGAAAAAGAAGGUUGUCUUUUUUACGAAAUCUCAGCAUUAAAAAACAUAAACUUAACUGAAAUGUUCGAGAAAGCGGUGAGUUGCUAUGUCAACACUAAAUCAAAUGAAGCAGACCAACAAUAUGAAAUAUGCAAAUUGUGGUGA